GCCCUUCGUCUCCGAAGACAAAAAUUCAAAAACCCUCAAGCUUUGGCGACAAUUAGCAGUUGAUGCGACUUAGAAACGCAUAUGGAUUUUGUGGGGUAUGGAAUGGAAUUAAUCACACAAAAAGCAGUAGAAUCCAGACAGGAUUACACGGAUUUCAAACUCAACAUUGUACAACCACGCAUAAAUGAGCAGGAAUCCGCACAUAAACCGUGCGUUAUUGCUGAACUUCAAUUUAGCAUUUCUUUAUCCGGAUUUACAUUUGUUGGAUUUUGGGUGUCUGGGUCCUCUUUUCGAGUGAAGUACAAUUUGGGUUCUCUAGUUCUAGGGUUUUCAGUCUUGAUUGAGGGGAGGGUUCUGUUGGCUGAGACUGAUGGCUUCUGCUGCUGCUGCUGCUGCACCUCUUCCAUCACAAAAGGAGCUUGAGGAGAUGCUCAUUCAGUCUGGAAUUGAGCUCCUCUCUACACCUCCUUCAUCCACUGCCGAGCUUCUCAGCCUCCUUGAAAAACUUGAAUCAGAACUGAAGAGCAUAGGGCAAGACCCUUCAGUGUCGACGAGAAAUGUACUUGAGCCAAUUAAAAAAGUGCUGAUUGAAGGGAAACUUCUAAGAUAUUCUGAUAAAAUCAAUGAGGUUUCUGUUGCAUCUUGUAUUUGUGAAAUUAUGAGAAUAUCUGCACCCGUUCUACCCUAUGAUAAUACAGAAAUGGAGGUCGUUUUCCAUCAGAUUAUAGCAUCACUUGAAAAGUUACAUUACGUUGAUAGUAACUGCUAUAGUAAGGCUCUGAGAGUUCUUGAAGCCGUUGCUAAGUACAAGUUGUGUGUGAGGCUAUUGGAUUUUGACUAUGUGUUAGCUGUUAAUGUUUUCCAACUGUUUCUCAAAAUCAUCAGCGUCAAUCAUACCGAUGCUGUAUUAAGAGACAUGGUAGACAUCAUGUCUCAGCUCAUAGAAGAAAGGGAUGAGGUCUCUCUUGAUUUUCAAGUGUCCAUUCUUGAUAGCCUCAGAAAGAGAACUCUGGCUACUGCACCUUGUUCAACGCUAUUGGGAAAAGAAGUCUUGGAAAAGUGUCAUGCCAGACUGAAGCCUUGUCUUUUACAAUUAAUGACAGAUAUGAACAUGAAUUUGGAUGAUUAUUGCAAUGUACUUGGCUCAGUAUUGCAUGGAGUUCCUGAGGGAGAAAACAUGGUGGAAAAUGUUGGUUCUGUACCACCUGUAGAAGGAACAUCUGCUCUUCAACUUCCUCAGGUGCCACUACUGGAUGCCACUCCAACAAUGAAUAACAACAGUAACCUGGAACCUGGAACUUGGAGCUCAUUGGACAUUAAUGCAACUUCAGUUGUGUUAGCUUUGCCAGCUGUAACUGGAAAGCAGUCUAUUCCUGAUGUGUUAGCCCCCAGCAGCACAAAGACUAACAUCAAUCAUGUAAGUCCUUGCAAAAGGGGCCAACCAAGGAAGAAUCAGACAGAUCUCACCGUGAGAAGGAGAUCUGAAAGGAUUAGGUCUGCCGAGAGACAGAUCUCACCAAGAAAGCAGUCUAUUCCUGAUGUGUUAGCCCCCAACAGCACAAAGACUAAUAUCAAUUAUGGAAGUCCUUGCAAAAGGGGCCUACCAAGGAAGAAUCAGACAGAUCUCACCGUGAGAAGGAGAUCUGAAAGGAUUAGGUCUGCCGAGAGAAAAAGUAAAGAAAAGGUCAUAUACACUGAUGAUGAUGUAGAAAUCUUGAAUCUCAGACGUUAACGGUGGGAAUUGCUUAAAGAGGUUCCAGUCAAAGAAGUGAGUUAAAUUCCCACAUUGUAUAUUAUCUAGUUAGCAAGCUAUGGUUUCUUGAAGAGGUUUCAGUCAAAGAAGUGAGUUAAAUUCCCACAUUGUAUAUUAUCUAGUUGGCAAGCUAUGGUUUCUUGAAGAGGUUCCAGUCAAAGAAGUUAGUUAAAUUCCCACAUUGUAUAUUAUCUAGUUAGCAAGCUAUGGUUUCUUGAAGAGGUUCCAGUCAAAGAAGUGAGUUAAAUUCCCACAUUGUAUAUUAUCUAGUUAGCAAGCUAUGGUUUCUUGAAGAGGUUCUAGUCAAACAAGGGCGUGUAACUAACUGACUUAGCUUUCUGAUGGAAUAAAGAUGAAGAGGAAGGGAAAUGAGCAUGAAAUAAAAGGAAAGGACAGAAUGCAAUACAACAAUACUAUUCGGCAUGGGAUAAAGAAACUCUUAGACCUAGCUAAUUCAUAAUAGGGAAAAUUGUAAUUUAUGCCUUUUCAUAAUAUGCUAAUUAUCAGUGUCACUUCUGAAUUAUUAGUGGUGUAAAUGUUGCCCCUCAAUUUUCAAAAUGGUAUAUAUAUUGCCCCUCUCAUAACAGACCUGUGGUUAUCCGUUAGUGUGCACCGUUAAGUAAGGGUAAAUAGGUAAUUUUCUUUUCCCUUUCCUCUUUGUGUUCAACGCUGAUGCUUGGAGAAGAGACUAUAGAAGACAACUUGCUGCUGCGAUUUUUUUCCUCUUGUCUUCGUCUAUUAUUCUCCUACCGCCGACAACCAGGGGAUUUUGCUUAAAGAUAUGUCUUGGGAAAGCCAAACUUUUCAUGUUCAUCAAUAGAGGAGAAACGUUGUCAUUGUGGUCUUCCUGCACCUGUCAAAAUGUCAUGGAGCUAUGUGAAUUUAGAAAAGAGAUAUCGAGCAUCUCAAAGAUAUGGUAUUGAAUUCUAUCGCAUCACCUCUCUGUCAUCGCACGCAUCUCACCUUCGCUAUUGCAGAUUGAAUUCUUCUUCUAAGUUUUCCAAACUUCAUCGCAUCCAACUUUCUCUCUGUCAUCGCACAUAUCUCCUUCUGCCAUUGCAAAUUGAGAUUCUUCUUCGAGUUAUGGCUCGCUUGCGUUUAAUAACUCGUACUGAAAGAAGGAAAAGAUGUGUAGCUGUGUUGCGUAUAUGGUUGGAUAUAUGUUCUUCUGUGACUUCAUUAUUUAUAAUGAUAAUGUAUAUUUUGAAAAUUUUGUGUUCUAAUAAAAAACGAAUGAAAUCUUAUAUUAUUAAUGUUUUAGGGUCU